CCCCACUCAUGCCUGCUGCCUGCUGCCUGCUGCCUGUAUGGCCUGUAUGGGCUGUAUGGGCUGCAUGGACCCUCGCAUAGCCUACGCCUGCACUCCCCCAUUGACCUCGCCAGAGCAUGCAGAGCACAAGCACUCACCCCUUCAACCCCUUGAACUCAUCACUCACUAUCGCUCUCUCCUCCUCCUAAUCCUCCUCCUCUCCAUCUCUCUCUCUCUCUCUCUCUCUUUCUCUCUCUCUCUCCUCACAUCCAUUUCUGCGCACGCUCUUUACGCUCCUUCAUCGUUCACCGUCUUUACGCUCCUUCACGCACCCUCAUCUCUCCCAACAACCCCCAUCCCACAAUCAACGUCAUGUUUGGCUUCCUCCUGGUCUCCUUCCUCUCCCUUGUCCGCGCCAACGAGGUCAUCCCCGAGUGCACCCGUACCGCCACCGUUGUCGCCGGCGACACCUGUGACAAGAUCUCUACUCGCUACGGUGUCUCCACCUUCCAGCUCGCGCACGUCAACACCCCCGAGAUUAACGACAACUGCGACAACCUUAUGCCCGACCAGGUUGUUUGCCUUGGCGUUGAGGGCGAGGACUGCACCAAGGUCUACACUGUCGUCGAGGGCGACACCUGCGAGUGGAUUCAGGAGAUGUAUGGCAUGGACGCCGAGACUCUCUGGACCAACAACCCCCAGAUCAACCACGAGUGCACCAACAUCUACAUCGGCGAGGUUCUCUGCGUUGACACCGACUGCUACGCCUACUCGGACUUCAACCAGACGGCGUUUGACGUUGUCGCCGAGACUUACAUCCCGUACUGCGACGAGAUCUAAGCACUGCUGCGUGAUAGUAGUAUCCCCCUUCGUCUCCCUCAGCCCACUGGUGGGCGCGCCCGUUUCUUCU